AUGACUGUUACCAUAUUACUCUUCUACAUAAAUAAUUACCCAAGUAUUAUUGUAUUAUGCUCAACACCGGUAUCUUUAACAUUGGUUUUUAGUUAUUUACCACACAUAAUUUUACUGGACCUUAUUUAUAUCCGUAUGAAGUCACUGAGGUUGUUAUUUGAACGUAAAUUUAUAAAAUUCAACGUGAUUGGCAACGAGCAAGUAAAAAUAAAAAUUAAGAAUACCAAAAACUGUUUGUUGGUUUAUAAGAAGAUAUUGAAUAAUUUUUGUAAAGCCAGCAAGGAGAUACAACUUGGGUUGAUGAUAAUCUUACUGACGUGCUAUCCUCAGAUGAUAUAUUUCGUUUAUGAGACAAUGAAGCUGUGUUUUAAGCAUGACUACCUAAAAGCAAUACAACGCUGUAUCAAAAUAAUUCAAACUCUAACAUUACUGUUUAUACCAGCGAUUAUUUCUGAAUUGAUAAAUAACGAAUAUGAGCAAAUCCUAAAAUCUCUGUGGAAGCAAAUAUUGUCUUGCACAGAUGAAAAAUUGCUCCUGGAGACACGGCAAGCGUACCUGUAUAUGAAGCUUCGGCCGUUCAAGAUCACAAUAUGGCGAGCGAUUCGGCUCAACCUCUCCAUGCCCAUUAGUUACAUUAGUGUUUGCAUUAGCCAUUUAAUUGUGGUCAUACAAUUUACCCAUGCUCAUAAGAUUCUUAAUCAAUAA